GGAAGGGAAGAUGGAAGCAAGGUAGCUAUUUCAUCACCUAAAAUACAAGCAAGUAAAGAGAAAAAAAAAAUGAACCAAGUGGUCCAAAGUAGAAGUCUUCUCCCAAAAACUGUCUUUAGGUAUGAUAGUAAAUUGACAAAUGGAAGUGAAGAUCGGAAAUUUUAUAGGUAGUGGUGGGCAAAAGACCCCUCAAAUGGCCAUUGCAAAUCUACUAAUUGUGGUGGAAAAUCUCAUCUUUCUAGUUGAGUAGUUGAUCAGCUCUGCUUCUAAACUACAAAAUUUUUGGAAAUUAUUUCUUUUUUUUUAUUUUUCAGUUCAGCAACACCAUAACAAGAAAGAAGGACUUGAGAAAAGUUUAAAACUUUGAUUGUCAUUUAGUGGCAAGAAAUUCCUUUAAAAUGGGGAUCAGAGCUUUGAUAAGGGACGAGGGUUUACAUUAAUUUAAAGGAAGCUCUUUUUAAAAAAAAAAAAAAGAGAAAGAAAUGGUAGGAUUACAAGUGUCCCAUACACAGCUUAUUAUGUUAAAGGGCUAUUAACAAAAGAGUCAUAAAGUUGGACACCAAGAACCAUCAUCUUCUUCACUUCAGCUCAACCUCCUACUUUUUUGAUCUCUUUCAAAGCAAAAUACCUAAAAAGAAUCUAUAUUUUUCCUUUGAUUCUUUCAAGAUUGUGAGGUCCCCAAAAUAGUCAUUUUCUUUUAGGGAUCCUUCUUUGAAUUCUCUUGCAAGCUUUUAUCUACAUUAUCUUGCUCCCUUUAAAACCCACCUCUUCAAAUUUGUCUUCAUUGCUUAAAGAACAUCUUGGUUUUCAGAAUUUAUUCCCAUUUCUCAUCUGGGGUUUCCCUCAUUUCCUUCCAUUUCUGUUUAUUUCUUUGAUUAAUUUCCUUUGGUGUUGAAUUUUAGUUGAUUUAGGAGGAAAAAAUUAGAGCUUUUCCCAUUUGGGUAUCCCUCAUUUGCUUAAGAAAAAGAAAAUCCCAGUUGAGUUCUGCAGUUUUAGACCGUUUCUCAUUAAGUUAGUUGUCAUUUAUUUGCUCAUAAAAAUUAUAAAAAUCUAAUUUUUGCAAAAUUUCAUUUUUUUUUUCAUAUGGAUAAGCCUGGGUUCUAUGAAUCAACAGCAGUGGCGAUAACAGGGAAGAUCAUGGCCAUUGGCAUAAUAGUUCUCUUCUUAGUGGUGAUUUUUGUGCUUGGUCUUCAUCUUUAUGCUAAAUGGUUUUGGUGGCGCAAUGAAGAACCAACUUCCCAUCCUUCAAGCCGUAGCAGCCGACGCCGUUUCGUCUUUGCUCCAGGGCAAGACACUACUCAUCCUCAACGCACAAGUAAAGGUCUUGAUUCAACAAUUAUCGCUUCCCUCCCUGCGUUAAUUUUCCGUCAAGACGAGUUUAAAGAAGGGCUUGAAUGUGCGGUUUGUUUAUGUGAGGUUAUAGAAGGAGAGAAAGCUAGGCUGCUUCCUAAAUGUAAACAUGGUUUCCACGUUGAUUGUAUUGAUAUGUGGUUUCAAUCACACUCGACUUGUCCUCUUUGUAGAAACCCCAUUGUUAUUGGGGGUGAGUUUGAGAAUCCAAGUCACCUUGUUGAUGGAACCAAUGUUCAAGCUCAUGUUCAGUCUCAAGAUGAUGGUUCAGGUUCUGGGUAUUCAACAGAUUCUCCUAGUUUCCCUACGAAUGUGUUGUUUUGGGGUAAUGACACGCAGGUUAGUAGCGGUAGUGCUUGUUUGGAUGAGGGUUCUUCAGCAUCAUCUGCUUCUAUUGGUUCCUCUGCCAUGGCAUCUACCAGUGCUAGGCAAGAAGGGAUGUUGGUGAUUGAUGUUCCAAUGAAUGGAAAUGAGAAUCCACCAGAGGAAGAAUCAAAGUCUGCAAUGCCUACAAGAUUAAGGUCUUUGAAGAGACUUUUAAGCAGGGAAAGAAGGGUAGCUCCUAAUAGUUCAGGGAGUUGUUCAGUUGAUGCUUGAAGUUUACAAAAUAGAUUGUUUUAAGUAUUUGGAGCUGAUUUUCUUGAGCGUGAAAUGGUUUGAGAUAAGCAAAUUGCACCCUUAUCAUCCUUGAAAACUGUGGGAUUCUAUUGGGAAACAACAGUUUUGUCUAAUGAUAUAAGCUGCUGAAAAUAGACAAAUAUUUGGAAUGGUGUCUUUGAAGAGGGGAAAGAAUCUAUCUUAAUUCUUCACCUGCAAAAUGUGUAUCAGAAACAAUGGCUUCUUUGGAUUCUUGUAGUGUAAAGCUAUUAAUCCAAUUCCUCAACUCUUUUGUUGCUUA